GCCAUGUUCGCGUCUUUUCCAUCUACCCGACCACCAGAAACGAUUCCCCCCCAAACAACCACCUCUCACCCUUGACUUUCCUCAUAUAUCGCCCUGAAUUCUGAUCUGCCCAAUUGACGCAUUGCAUCCCUCGAUUCCAGCCAUCGUGUAACCCCUCAUGGGUUGUUGCCCGCGAUUAUUGUUUCAUCUUCCAUCCCCACCAUUCUCGACGGACGACGAUCCCUUCGAAGAACGCACCUCUCCUUUCUCGCGGCAGUUCCUUCGUUGAUAGAACCCCUACUCGUCUUGCAGUCUUACGAUAUAACCGGGCCAUUUGUGCCGGCAGUACGCCACCCUCUGUUCCAGAAUGAAGCUCGACCAGUUCCUCGCCAUGGAGGCUCUCGAGCAGGACGAGUUAAUUGACCUGCGUGCGUUGGAAUAUGUCGGCGACUAUGACGACCAUCUUAUGUGUCCAAUCUGCCACUGUCCUUUCAUCCGACCCGUGCGCUUAGAAUGCGACCAUGUCUUUUGCCAAAUGUGCUUGAAUACCGCUAUCCGCAGCUUCAUUUCUGGCCGAGACGAGUUCACCUGUCCCACCUGUCGCACCCCCACUCGAGAUGUCUACCUCAACGUGCCGCGUUUGUUAAUCAACAUGUGCGAUGAGAUUCCGACACGAUGUCCAUAUGCAAGUGAAGGAUGCAAGGAAAUUGUCCCGAGAGGGCAUAUCCAGUCGCAUGCAGACAAGUACUGUGGUUAUAAACCGAUGGAUUGCCCGGUUACUUCAUGCGACAUGACGACCCGCAGGAAGGACCUCAGUCCGGAACGCAAAUGCCUGCAUGGGCUUCACAAGUGCCUGCGCUGCGAUGAGGAUAUUAUGGAGCAGGAAUAUGAGCAUCCCCUCCUCCAGGAGCACGUCAAAGAACUAUGCCCUAGUUUGAAAACAACCUGCCCCGACUGCCAAGUGACGGUCUUCCGAAAAGCCCUCAGAGAACACAUCGAUGCCUGCCCAGAGGCCAUCCACCCCUGCGCCGCAUCUAAAUAUGGCUGUCCCGUGAAGAUGAAACGAGCAGAGCUCGGAACACACGAACAAAGCUGCCCGCUAAUAACCAUCGGUCCUUACUUCGAGGCGCAAAACUCCCGACUCGAUUCUCUCGAAUUGACUAUGCGCCACCUGCAACAGCGUAACGAGAUCUUCGAGGACGGCCUGGCCAACAUCCGCUCCACCCUCAUUGAAUCCUCACAUGCCCUUUCCUCCCACAACCCUGAUAUUACCUCCACCGACCCGUCCUCUAACUCCAACUCCACCACCCCAGGCAUAUCCAGCAAUAAUGACCAAGCUCAAAUAGACGGCUCCUCCAACUCCUUCGCCAACGCCACAACCUAUCUUCUCUCCCUGCACGAGUCUCUCCGCGAAGAAGUCGCCCAGCUGUCCCACGCCAUCACAGACCUCGACGCCCGCGCCAGCAUGGCAAUCAUGAACGAAUGCCUGCGCAUCAAGGAAGACAUGGCCCACACCAAUGCCGCCGUCAGUAGUAUUCGCAUGCAGGUUCAAUGGCUGAUGAACCCCCGAUUACACCAGGGCCAACGAGCCUCCAACACAAACCACAGUAACGAUACCAGAGCCGCCGCCGCCACUGCUCCCAGCAGUAGAGGCCAGCUAGGCUCUUCGACUCCAGGGCCAAGUAACGGGCCUGGUCUUUUCCGUCCGCGCAGAUUAAGCGAUACAGGACGAGAAGGAACGAAGCUCUGA